CAAAAAAAAUAUCAAGUAUUAGCAAUGAUCCCUGUCAAAAGAAUAAUAUACUUUUGAAUAACGCAUAUACUGAUCGUUAGAUAAUAAUACAUAAGUGUACAUUUACAUAUGAGUAAUAGACGGACGGUAUAUUAAAUUUGAGACACAAAUGGUAUAUCAGCGUGGAAAUCAGAAGGAAGGCUCUCCGCAUUAUGUAUUUCUUUAUUCGGAUGAUGAAAAUAGCGGAGACGAGGAAAAUUUUCCUUUACAGCUGCGCACCGAUUCUACAUCUUCCCCGCGAAAAGUGGAAGUGAUAAAUGUUUUAAUCAAACCGGAGGAUACAUUGCAAGCAUUAGCGCUUCGAUAUAGGUGCACGAUAUCAGAAUUGAAAAGAAUCAAUAAGAUUCACAAAGAGAAUGAGAUAUAUGCUCGAAGAUCUAUAAAAGUGCCAAUUCAACCAUUUUCUAUUUUAACAGAAAAUUUAGAUAAAACUUCUGACAUAAGCGAAGAAAAAUUAGAUACUACUGUACAAUCUGAAUCAGGAACUAUCGCAAGAGUACAACCAUCAAUAAAUUUAGUAAAUGUUUCUGUACCUAUUGAUCUUCCUCAAACAGAAAUUAAUAAUAUUAUACUUAAUUCGGUAUGUGAACCUUUAGCAUCGUAUAAAUCAAAUAAUUUACCGGAAACAUCUUAUACAGAAUACGAUCAAUUACUUAAUUCAACAGAAAGUGAGGUAAUAGAAUCACAUUUCAUGGACACAUUUAAAUGUUCUGGUGAUGAUUGCGGUUUAUCAUGGACACAACUUUUAGGAGUUUCUCUGCUCCUAGGUUUUGCUGGUCCUAUUAUAUACAUAUUGUAUAUAGCCGAAUAUUCUACUAAAACAAAUCAUUAAAGUAACAUAGAUUAUAGAAAUAUAAUGAAAACAGCAUAUUUAACGUAUCUUUGUGAUAAUAGAAAUUCUUGGAAUAAUAUGCAAAUUGCAUUAUUUUAAAGGAUUAAGAUUAAUAUGAAAAAAAAAAAAACAAAAAACAAAAAUUAUCCAUAUACGAGUUUACUGACAUUUUAUAAAGUAUGAAUUUUUAUAUCGAUCAUAUAUGGAUUGAUAUAAAGAUAAAAACUAACGAAAGUAUAAACCGUACGGAUUUAUUAGAUUAUAAAUUUUAAAUUGAUAAUAUGAGAAGUUAACAUUGUAAUUUAGGUAACUAUCUAAAUGUCAAUUUGAUUUGAAUCAUUAUUGAAUUUAGCCUGAAAAAAAAAAAGAAAUCAUAUCAUAAAACAAUAUUCUCUUACAAAUCAAUAUCGUGGAAGAAAAAAAAAGCAAAUAUAAAAUCUAUAUUAUAUAGUUUGUGAAUGCCCAGUGUUAGUUGUUUAUAUCUAUUCUAAGUACAUGAGAUUUAGAGAUUAGAAUCUCUAUAUAAUAAUUACUAAAAGAAGUGCCUUUAUAUUAUAUCUCAAUUGAUAAAAGAAUAUGCUAUUAUAUUUACUUUUAGUCAAAAAUCUCUGAUCUACAUCCUGCAGAUUUUUUAUAACAUUGUAUAUCCAAUUAAAAUUCUAUUUUAAAAUUAAAUUUAAUUUACAUAAUUGUAUUGCAAUGAUUUAUAAUUAAAAAACAAAAAAAAAAAACAAAAAAAAAACAAAAAAAAAACAAAAAAAUAGUAAUAUUUUUUCAAAGUAAUAUGCAAUAAUUUAAUUAAUUACAACAAUAGAUGUUUUUGCUAGGCUGCUUUAUCGAAACCUAUGAUAUUAUAAAAUAUUACUUUGAUAUGAUAAACUUUUAUAUUAUUAUUAAGAAAAAUA